UGAUGUAUAUAAAACGACUUCGAAGUGUCGGUAUUCAGAUAAGUGUUAGGAUGCGAUGUUAUGUCAAGGGUCAGUAGUAAACAGAAAUAGAUCCAGUUUUAUUUGAUAGAGGGCUUUCUCUAUGUCCAGCGUAUUAUGGCGCCAAUGUUCUAUAAAUAUGUGUUGGUGAUUUUUUGGUGUUUGCAUUUGGGGUGUACGGAAAAAAUCAACAAUUCUUUGGAAAAGCUACAAGAUGAGAAUUCAAGGAAAUCCACCACAAUGUAUGAUUACCAUACGAGAAUGUCAGCUUACAAGGAUUUGGUUGGUUCGGGAUGUUACAUAGAGUUCAUAAAAAAUGGGGAACCAUCUCUGAGUGGAAGAAUACGAGACUAUCCAAAUAAGAAACUACCUGCUGAGCUUUAUAUAUCCGAAGAAAAAUUAUCAAAGGGUAGGAUUUGGGAUCUCGCCGGUCCAAGGAUAUGGGAAUUUUGCAGAGGUUUUCCAACGUAUUUAAUCCAAGAAGUGAAGAAUAGGGAUCCCAAAGCAGUUGACCCAGACGAUAACGACAUUAUGAAAUCCCGUUUGAGGAAGAGGAGAUCUACCAGACAUUAUUUCGUUGGGAGAUUGAGAGGACAAACGCAAUCUCAGUAUAUGAACUUCGGCCAUUCCAACAGUUCUAAUGGAAAAGCAGAAGCGGAAUCAGAAUACGGUUUAUCCAGAGCCACAGUCGUGGGUACGAAUGGAAUGGGCCAAGCGCAAAGCCAAAGCAGCCCACUGGAUUGCGAUGAGUGUUAUAGGCCGAUCAAAACCGAAUAUGAACCAGUCCGUGGCCCUGCGGCCGGCGAAUGGGACACUACGUCAGAAUCGGGCUAUCCUGGAAAACCUGGAAGAGGACCAGGAGCUAUAACUCAACCAGGAUCACCUGGAAGACAAAUACCUGGAUAUCAACCAACUGGGCCAACACAACCAAAAUAUCCAUUAGUUCCACAACAACCUGGUUAUCCAGAACAUCCAACGGGAUAUCCAUCGGAACCUGGAUUUUUAGGGAGGCCAACAGAACCUCCGUACCCAGUACAGCCAAAGCAACCUGGAUAUCCAGUUGGACCCACACAACCUUUGUAUCCAAGCGGACCAAUACAACCCGGAUAUCCAGCGAAACCCACGAAACCUAGCUAUCCAGGCGGAGCAAUACAACCUGGAUAUCCAGUUGGACCAACACAAACUGGUUAUCCAGUUACACCAACACAACCUGGAUAUCCAGACGGAGCAAUACAACCUGGAUAUCCAGUUGGACCAACACAACCUGGUUAUCCAGUUGGAGGAACACAACCUGGAUAUCCAGGUGAACCAAAACCAACUGGUUAUCCAGUUGGAGGAAAACAACCUGGAUAUCCAAGUGAACCAAGACCAACUGGUUAUCCAGUUGGAGGAACACAACCUGGAUAUCCAGGUGAACCAAAACCAACUGGUUAUCCAGUUGGAGGAAAACAACCUGGAUAUCCAAAUGAACCAAGACCAACUGGUUAUCCAGUUGGAGGAACACUACCUGGAUAUCCAGGUGAACCAAGACCAACUGGUUAUCCAGUUGGAGGAGCACAACCUGGAUAUCCAGGUGAACCAACACAACCUGGUUAUCCAGUUGGAGGAACACAACCUGGAUAUCCAGGUGAACCAAGACCAACUGGUUAUCCAGUUGGAGGAGCACAACCUGGAUAUCCAGGUGAACCAAGACCAACUGGUUAUCCAGUUGGAGGAACACAACCUGGAUAUCCAGGUGAACCAACACAACCUGGUUAUCCAGGCGGAGCAAUACAACCUGGAUAUCCAGGUGAAUCAACACAACCUGGUUAUCCAGUUGGAGGAACACAACCUGGAUAUCCAGGUGAACCGAUACCAAGUGGUUAUCCAGGUGAAGGACGCCAACCAGGUCGUCCAGUGGCACCAACACAACCUGGUUAUCCAAGUGGAGCAAUACAACCUGGGUAUCCCCUUGGACCAACACAACCUGGCUAUCCAGUUGGAGGAACACAACCUGGAUAUCCAGGUGAACCAAUACCAACUGGUUAUCCAGGUGGAGCACCCCAACCAGGUGGUCCAGUGGGACCAACACAACCUGGUUAUCCAAGUGGACCAACGAUAACUGAAUACCCUGUAAUUCCAACUCAACCUGGGUAUCCUGGUGGGAGAACGCCAUCGGGAUAUCCUGUCGGACCGUCACAGCCAGGAUACCCCGUUGGAACAGGUCAGCCUGCUUAUCCCGGCGGACCUGGACAACCUGGAUCUCGAGGUAGACCUCCCCAACCUGGAUCUUUAGUUACACCAUCGAAACCUUCAUAUCCGGGGAAACAAACACAACCUGGAUAUCCAGUAGUAACAGGAUACCCCUCAGUACCAUCCCAACCUGGAUAUCCUGUUGAACCAACACAACCGGGAAUCCGCACACAGCCUGGGUAUCCAAGUCAACCAUCACAACCACCAACAACUGGAUCAGGGGGAACGUUCGGAGGUGAUUUCGGGGGAGACUACCACACAAACAUAGGUCAUAGUGGAAGAUUUUCUGGUCAAUUUUCAGGAGUAUUCGACACAAAUGGGCAUAGAGUCUCCCAAGGUAUAUUCAGAUAUGUUCAUUUCAGCAUUUUUUCAGAGCCUACUGAUAACGGUCCAUAUACAGGAUACAGAUACCCAUAUUCUACGGAGAAACCAAGUUAUCCAGGUUAUGUGAGGCCUGUACAGCCACCCGGACCUCCUUCACAAGGGACUUGGUACCCAACACCAAACGGAGGGCAACCACAGUAUCCGCCAAGAGCACCAUCAGGGCAAAUCCAGCAUUUGCCAGGUACUGAAUAUCGACCUGGGCAAGUACAAUACCCACCUGGAGGUGUUUCAUAUCCAGAACGCUAUCCCCCAGGAAUAGGUACAGGCCAAGGACAGCCUCCAACUGGCCCUUACCCUUCUGAAAUAGUGCCAGGACAAGUGGGGUAUCCCACCGGGCCAAUACCUGGUCAAGCACAAUAUCCCUCUGGAGGCCAGACCCAAUACCCAUUGAAUCCAAUUCCAGGGCAGAUACAAUAUCUGCCAGGCACAGCUCCCGGCCAAAUUCAAUACAAACCCGAGAAAGUUCCAGGAAAGAUACAGUACCCGCCUGGAACAGACCAGACUGGGCAAGCUCAGUACAUUCCUGGACAAGGUCAAUACACGCCCACUGCCACCAAUGGCCAAAUUGGAAAUGGACAAGCAGGCGAGCAGUAUCGGCCAACCGAAGACGGCGAUUCUCAAGUGCUGGCAUCUGUGCAGCAAAAUAGCAACCAAACGCAGGCAAGUGCGCAAGCUCAAGGGAAAUUCGAAGGUGGCACAGCCCAAUCACAAGUAACCGGAACAUAUUCGGGAAGUGGAUCUUUCAGUGCGUCUGCGGGAAGCGACGACGGAAGACGAGGUGCCCUCACACAAAUAUCCGGAGGUAAACAGGGCGCCACUAGCGCGGCUCAAGGUCACGGCGGUCAAGGCCAGUCUCAAGCUCAAAUGCAACUAUUCUCAGAUACAGGGAGAAUCCUUUCCGCUGCGCAAAGUGGGGGGAAAGCCUUCACUUCUCAAACUCAGGUACAAGGAGGGGAAGAAGGAGGAAUGGCCAAUGCACAGUCGAAUGGUUCGGGUCAAACGUCCUCGCAAGCCCAGAUCGGUUUUUCUCCCUACAAAAAAGACGAUCCGGCUGAUGCGAAUCAACAGAAUCAUUUCUUGGGAGGGGGAACAGCUAGCGCACAAGGUGGUUCGGUCUACGGACAGUCACAAUCUCAAAUACAAGGGAAGUUUAAAUACGGUAUAAAAUAUAGCGGUGGGGCCCAGGCGCAAACUGGAAAUGGAAAAGAUAAAAAUUUCACCCAGAUUACGUUCGAUCCAAAAUUUCAAAUUAAACCCAUAAUUCCCCUUCCACCAUCCAACACUCAAAAUACAAAUACUGGCACAUUUGACACCGAAUACAAGAAAGAAGCAACACGAGACGAAUCUAAUUCGAACGACGAAAACACAAUCAGGCCCGAUGAUCAGGAUUCGAUAAAACCAGCGAGUCAAGGUUCAGUUCCCACGAAAACCGACACCGAAGACAACGAAGAAUACGAUUACGAAGAAAACGAAACCGAAAAACCCGCAAACAAUCAGGUUUUAACUCAAACUAGGGAUGGUCAAACCCAACACAUAGUCCUACCCAAUUUGAGAAAUUACGAUGCUAAGGUGGUCCAAACUAAUUUCGAUGAUUUCCACGAACGAGUCUAUCAACCAAAUGAUAACGUGCAUUUGAGAAACGGGGAUACUUUUGAAUCAGGCCAGGGAAUUCCUGGGAUUUCGGGUUACAGAAUUCCCCCAGGAUUUAGGGGGAAAGUGAAGUCAGUCGCAAGUCCCACGCAAACCUACGCCAUUGGCAAAAAUUCCCAAGCUCAAAGUGUAACGAUAACACCUGGAACCGGACGAAUCACCUAUCAAAAACCGAGUAAAAAAAGAAUCAACAAUUAUGAAACUUCCUACAACAAUCACGAACCUUAUCAAUAUUUCUUCAGAAGUGGCGAGACGGCAGUGCCCAACUUUUUCUCCAUAUCCAAAUCCGAAACGGGAUAUGAUAACCCUAAGACUGGAAAAAGAGUAUCCUCAACCCAUUACACCCAAUCUUCGACUUGUGGUUUUAUCACUAAUACGUGUGUUAUAAGGAACAAUCAGAGAGUGUGUCUACCAAACUUUGUAAGGAAUGCAGAUGGUUCCAUCAGAAUUUGUUGAAUAAGAGAUGUUUGGUUUUGAAAAAUCUUGUCCAAUAUGCAAAUUUCAACAGUUUGUGUUCAUACUUAGUAUUUAAUUCUAGGAAAUAAACUGAUUAUUUUUAUAA